AUGGCCGCGAGACUUUCGAUCUGUCUCCUGGCAGCCCUCGGUUUCAACCAAUCUGCAGUGGUCACCCCUUUGUCUCCAAAUUACAACAGCAGUCUGAGCAUCUACAACUUGAAUAUACCGAUCUUGCCUGCCGCUGUCACAUAUCCCAGCACUACGAAACAAGUUGCGGGUAUCGUGAGAUGCGCUGCGGAAGGUCAUUAUAAGGUACAAGCAAAAGGUGGUGGUCACAGCUAUGGAAACUACGGUUGGGGUGGAGAAAGCGGAGAAGUUGUGAUUAAUCUCGCCAACCUAAAUGGGUAUUCUUAUGACAACUCAACGGGAUAUGCCACUGUCGGUGCCGGUUCUCGGUUAGGCCCUGUCACAACCGCUCUAUAUAACUCGGGAGAACGUGCUUUUGCUCAUGGAUCUUGCCCCGAUGUUGGUAUUGGAGGUCACGCUACUAUUGGUGGAGUUGGCCCUACGUCUCGUCGGUGGGGAGCUACUAUCGACCAUGUUGUGUCUGCCACUGUCGUCCUCGCCGACGGCAGCAUUGUUACUGUCUCCGAAACCGAGAAUCCGGAUCUUUUCUGGGCCUUGAGAGGAGCUGGUGGCAGCUUUUUCGUUGUUACCGAGUUUGUCCUCCGCACCGAAGCCGCUCCUGCUGGGGGUGUUUCGUACGCAUACGCUUUCCGAGGACUCAAUGCCACGGCCCAGGCACAAGUCUUCAGGGACUUCCAGGCUUUCAUUUCCAACUCUAGCUUGUCCCGGGACCUAUAUAUCAUGAUGAUUGGACUUCCCUCAGUUAUUGAAGUCACCGGCUCCUUCUUUGGCUCCUUGGAAGAUUUCAACGCCCUUGGUCUUGAACAAGCCUUCGCCAUUGCCCCAGUUGCCAACGUCACUGUCAUCCCCAACUGGCUGGAUAUGGUUGGUAUCUGGGCUACCCAGUCGGCGAGUGCAGAACGGCCGGCCUAUUUCUAUGCGAAGUCAUUGGACGUCUUGCCAGAUGCCUUGCUCUCCAAUGACACUAUCGACUCAAUGUUCAAGUAUCUUACCACAACGCCUGAUGAUGCAUUGAUCUAUGAGCUGGAAGUUCAAUUGGUCUCUGGUGCCAUGGCUGACGUUGCAAGCAGUGCUACUUCUUUCCCUCACCGUGACGUUUUGUACUGGAUCUUUGCCUAUGCUGCUACCAAUGGCACUGUUUCUAACACUACCAUUGACUUCUUGGAUGGCAUUAAUGAUGUUAUUUACUCUGCAUCCCCCAACCAGACAUUCCACGCUUAUGCUGGGUAUGUGGACCCUCUACUUUCAAACGGACCCGAACUGUACUGGGCCGACAACCUUCCGCGUUUGGAACAAAUCAAGAAGCAGUAUGACCAGUUUGAUGUUUUCCACAAUCCCCAGAGUGUCCCAGUUGGAGGCGACUCCUGUGGUUUGUAA